AUGACGAAGGUGAUAGCUCUCAGCCUUCUCAUGCUGCCCUCGUGCAUCGUCGCAAGGCGCGGCGCCAACAUGGCCCUGGACUUGAACGUUGAGAAGGCACCUGAGCACGACGCGAAGUGCAAUCAGUAUGUGCCUGGCACGCAUGCCUGGAAACUUGGCUGGCUUUUCGGAGGGCUUGAGCAUUGCAGAUGUGAAGACGAGAGUGCAAUUAUCGCCAAUGAGCGUGGCAGCGUGCAGUGGCAGGAUAGCUAUUUGGACGACAAGAUGAACUCGUUCGAUUAUGCAAAGAAGAACUUAUUUCGUGACUCCAAGUGUAUGCCACGCGCCGAGAGGGUGUACCGCGAGGCGUUGGCGGACAUCAGAAAAGCCAUCGGAUAUGCUGCGACCUCGAAACUUGUGUUCUUGGACAUCUCAUACAACGCACAGGCUCUCGCAAGCUUCGCCAAUGCCUUCAGGGGUGAGAGCCGCAAGACUCUUACACGAAGCGCUUUCCUUGGGCGCUUCGAUUGUUCGGAACGCGCUCUCCGGGUGCCCGAGCUUGACGAUGCAUGUGCUGACAGCAUGGUGACUAUCAAGAAGUACCAGACCGAGGCCGCGUCUUGCUUGGAGGCAAUGCAUGCCCUCGAGCACGCGAGGGAGUUCAUCGACGGUGCUGCGUUCACACAGGCAGCGACUCUCGUCUCGGAGGCAGCGAAGAUCAUGAGGGAGAAGGACAGUCGCACCGAUGCGGCCCUCAUCGGCAAGGCGAGCGAGGCCAGUGCAGCCCUGCUCGGCAUUGUGCAGGGCCUGCUCCCGCGCGUGGAAGAAGUCAUUCCGCCUUUCUAG